UGUCCGAAUCCUUCUCAGGCCACAUCUUCGCCAUGAAGAAACCUUCAGCCUUUCUUGUUACCCUCUACCUUCCGUUGUGGUUGCUUGUGCCCCCCUUAAUUUUGGUGUGGUUUCCUUUCUACGUUUAUCGAUGUCUGGUCAAACUCAUCGCAUUGCUGUUAAGACCCGAUCUAACAAACAUGCUGACACCUGGCGACGCAAUAUUUUCAUAUGAUCGAAUCCACACGUGUCCCGCAAGUACGGUGGUAGGACAUCUGGAGUUGGAAGGGGAAGUCGAUCCUGACCACAUCAGGGAGACUUUAAAGACCCAGGUACUUUCACUAAGGAGUGAAAAUGGCGCCUUAGUGUAUCCAGAACUUGGGAGCAGGAUCAAGUAUUUUUUUGGGUUUUCGUUUUGGGCUAAGGCCACCACGAUGCAGGACCCCGUAAGGACCAUUAAGGAAGUUAUGACUCAUGAUGAACUGCUCAACUUUAAAGCACAGUUAGUACACCAACCUUACAAGCAAAAUGGGGCCUUGUGGGAACUUUUACUCGUUCGUAGGAAAAACAAUUCAGACGAACCACCCACCACGGUAGUAUUAAUCAGAUUCCAACACACCUUAGUAGAUGGCGUUGGCAGCUUCCAUCUCCUAAACAAGAUGGUGCAACCCCAAAAUGUACAAUUAACCAAGGAAAUAUCCAAGAAGCCCGGGAAUAUAUCGCCAAUUUGGUAUUUGGGAAUGCCUUACGACUUUGUGGAGACAUGUCGUGAAACGUCCCGAAGUGGAUGUCUUGCCAAGGAUGGAAAGCAUUGGAUUCCUUUGAGCAACAACUUUUUACCCUCUGAAGCAGCUUCUCGUUACACUUUUCAUAUAAGUGAACCCAUCGCGUUCAGCAGGAUUCGACAAUUGGGGGCACAACACGGUGUGACUGGAACUGCAGUCAUGCAUUCAGCAAUUUUAGGGGCGGUUCGUACCUCAUUGUGUCCCAAAGGGGAAACUUCCUUCAUAACAGUCGAGACUCCUUUGGUCCCACCCUGGAAAAGGGACCGGCUUUUGGGGAAUCAUAUAACGCAUGGCAAGUAUUUGGCCCCCAUUGGGGAACUGGAUGUUGUAAAACGGCUAAUUCUUACCCACGAGGGACUCACAGCCAUGAAAGAAUCGACCUACUCUUUUACCACAGCCGUUCUCUCGAAUGCUAUUGGCACCCUUCCGCGCCCAAUUUUAAAUCAAAUAAGAUAUAGAAAUGACUCUUAUCGAAAAAUUUUUGUUGGGAAUGUUCCCGGUCCCGGAGAAGAGACAAAUUUUUGUGGCUAUGUGGCCAAAGAUAUGUCCCUUAUUUACGGAUUUUGUGUGGUUUGGGAAGUACUUGGCGUUGGGUUCAUCACGUACGGGGACAAUUUGAGAAUCGGUGUCUUUGGAAAUAAGAACCUUCUACCACGCUCUGGCCAAGCGGAGGAAAUAGCGUCAAGUUUUAUGAGGGAGCUGGAUGAUUUACAAUUUGUGGAAAAUAUGCAUAAUACGUAAAUUAAUACUAAAUUUAGAAUAAAUUUGCGCUUGUAUUCAGUAUAACGUACUUGAUCCCUUGUUUUGUUUUAUGUCAAUAAAUUGUUAAGCUGAAAGGAUCAAGUGGUAGAUACCUUAAUUAAAAAAGUAUAACUGUCCCUGAUGCAUUUAA